AUGAAUGAUGCAACAGGCGUGCUUACAGAUCAUACACAAAAAAAUAAAAUACCAUUGAGUCAUUUAGACACUACGUAUAUACAACAAUGCACAGAUGGAAUCGAACUUGAACGAAUAUACAAACUAUUAAUAAGUGGAGAACUGGGUUCAAAUAAAAUUUUGGAACAAUUAACACUUGAUCGAAUUCGAAAGAUUCAAUCAAAUGAUGAAAUAUCUCGACAAGAUCAAAUCCCAAUCAAUAUAUCCACUUCAUCGAAUAAUCUUUCACAGCAAACUAAUAUUAUUAAUUCAAUAUCUAAUUCUUCAAAUAUCAAUAAUGGCAAUUCUACUAUUUCCGAACCUAUAAUAAAUAAUGAUUUUACACAAACAGAACCAAAAAGUAAUGAAGAAUGGGCAAAAUUUGAACAGCAAGUUUCUUCUGACUUUAAUAGUGAUUAUGAAGACCAUGAUAAUGAACUAUUAAAAAAUCAAUCUGAUGAAGAUAAUAAACGUCUUUAUACGUCUGCACAAUAUCGUCUUAAUGGAGAUACAACAUUUAAAUUAAAUGAUUAUCAACAAUCAAUUGAUUUAUAUACAAAAAGUAUUGCGCUUGAUAAGAAUUCAAUUACUUAUAUGAAACGAGCUAUGGCAUUUUUUAAAUUAGAAAAUUUUGAUGCAUCUAUUCAAGAUUAUUCUCAAGUAUUAUUGAUUAAUUCAAAAGACAUUCAAGCUUUAUUUCGUCGAGCUUCAUGUUAUUUUACUAAACAACAGUAUGAUAAAGCAAAAAAUGAUCUUGAUCAUAUUCUUUUAAUUGAUCCUGAUAAUGAUGAAGCACAAAAUUUGUUAAAUACCGUUUUAACUGUUCGAAAUAUGAAUAGUAAUCCAAGUACCGGUGAUAAUAAAGAUUUUGGAAUUGAAUCACCAAUUACUGUAUCUUUAAAAAUUCCACCAUUGGAUAGUGAAGACGAAGAAGAACAACAAGUAAACAAUAAUAUGACUCAUUCUAUGAAUAUAGAUAUACCUCAAAAUCAAAAUAUGCAUUCGGAUCUCAAUUCUCGAAAUCUUUUUUCAACAACAUUUGAUUAUCAUAAUAUAAAUCAAUUUCAAAUGUCAUCAUUACAUGAUGAUGAAGAUGAUAUGGCAUUAGGUGAUGAAGCUAGUGGUGGAUUAGUAGUAAAUAUAAGUGAUGAUGAAGGACAUGUUGUACGUAGUGCAAAUGUUUCACCAACUAAUGAUGAUGAUUCCGACGUACCAGAAUUAAGUGAUCAAAAACCGUUAGAUGAAAUAUCAAUAGGACAAAAUAAUAAAAUUGAUCAAAGUAUUGCUUUUGCUAUGCAUGAAAAUAAUAAACAAGAUAAUGUUUCAACUAAGUAUCAUCAUCAAACAAGUGAUGAUUAUGAUGAUUUAUAUGAUAGACAAAUUAAUCGGAAUAUACCAACAUUAUCACAGAAUUCUUCAUCAUAUAAACAAAAUACAAAUUAUCAAAAUUCAUGGACAAAUCAUAAUGAUCCAUAUAUGCGAAGUACAUCGGUUAGUGAUGCUAUUUCAAAUUCAAAUUUUGGUUCUACUAUACAAAAUUGGUUACAUGAUUUUGUUAAAUCACAACCAAGUCAUCGUUUCUCAUCAUGUUUUGAUCGACCAUGGUCAAAAACUGCUUUACCAUGGUCACUUAAUAAAAUUCUAGGUGAUAUUCAAAAAUUUAAUAGAUUAAAUGAUUAUAAAAAUGCUAUUGAUGUAUCAAAAAAGUUGCUUCAUAAUGGAAUUCUUGAUUAUCAUUAUUAUGCAGAAUAUAUUGUCGAUAUAUUGACCGUUUGUGCUGAAUGUUAUUCGAAACUUAAUGAUUACGUUCAUGCUAUUCAAUAUGCUACUGAAGCUUUACAAUAUAAUAAAAAUGAUGGUGAUGUAUUGAUUCAUCGGGCUAAAGGAUUUGAACAUGAAAAAUUUUUUCUCUUCAGUUAUGCUGAUUAUGUACGUGUACCAAGUAAUAAUUUUAGUUAUCAUUUAACACGACGGGCAUGUGAAAAAUUAGAGAUAGAAUUAAAUUCUACUGAAGAUAAAGCAUGGCGGGAAAAAUUAUCAAAUGAUAAAAAUGAUGAUGAACAUUAUUUAACUUAUCUAAAAAUCAAAUAUGAAUAUUCAGAAAAUAAUGCAUAUGAAUGGUAUCAAACAUAUGCUGAUCAAUUAUAUCUUGAUGCUUGUUUUGUUCUUGCUAUUCAAUGUUAUACAUUCUGUAUUGAACUUCAACCUAAUACUACAUAUGCUUAUUUAAAACGAGCUGAAUGUUAUUUAAAUGUAUUUGAGCCACAAAAAACAAUUGAUGAUUGUGAUAUGGGAUUAAAAGAAGAUAAAAAUAAUUUUCGUGCUUUAUAUCUUAAAGCAUCAGCAUAUAAAAUGUCUCGUGAUCAUCGUUUGUAUGAAUUAAUAUUAAAAGAAUGCAUAACAUUACAACCACAUAAUCAAAUUGUUCUUGCAGAAUAUUAUACAUGUCGACGUGAACAAAUUCCACGAGAAAAAAGACGUAUUCGAACGAAUCCAAUAACUUCGAAAUCCAUCAAUGAAAAUAGUCUUUCAUAUAAUGAACUUGAACAAAUACGUUUAGAUAAUAUAUAUUUAAAUUCAUCAUUAAAUUCGAAUGAUAUUAAAGAUCAAUGUUCAUUUAUUCUUCAUUUACCAGAAAAAAAUUCUUUUCAAUCAUUUGAUUUUUCAACAACAAAAUUAAUCGAAAUAAUUAUUAAUAUUAGUCGAAUAAUGAUUCAAGCUGAACAACAUUAUCAACAAGAACAUAAAUCAUCAUUAUUACCGUUUUCUUAUAUAAAAUUUUGUUUUCAUAUUCUUGUUGAACUAGCAAAACUUCCGCAAAUUGAUAUUGCUUUAUCAAUGAUUGAUGAAAAUUAUCGAAUAUUACUUGAUGAUUUGCUUUCAUAUUAUUCAUCUAUAUCAUCAAUAUUUACUGAUAUUGAACAAUUGAAUAGAUUAAAAACAUUGUGA